AUGGGUCCUCCAUUAACAGGCUCACCUCCACCAAGAUGUUUAUAUACAUAUCCAAAUAACGAAAGUGGAGAUUUUAUCUCAUCGAUAUCUACUUUUGAUGAUUUUGGACUUUCAAUUUCAUCAAAAGGAUACGUCCAGAUUCAUUCUCUCCCAAAUUGGAAUAAAAUUUCAGGAAAACAGCUAAAUAAAGUUGUAUCAGGUGCUAUAAUUGAUGCUGAUACAGUUGGAAUACUACAUUCUCAUCAAGUUUCUUUAUAUAAUUACGAAUUUAAUAAAAUACGAGAGAUGAGACCACAAAAUUCAUAUCUUGAAAAAUACAGAUACUCAUGUAUACAAUACAGCGAAAAUGUACUUACUGCUCUUACGACAAAUGGAUCAAUUUUUUCUUGGGAUAUCAGAACUAACGAUAUACCACGUUGUUUAGUGCUAAAUGGCAUAUCUGCUACAACAAGUUUGUCAGUUUUGCCUCAAACAACAGUAGUUUCAACUGAUCAAGGAAAGAUUUUAGUUAUUGAUCCAAGGAUGAACAAAAGAGUAGUCUUAUUUGAUAUAUCAUGCUUUUCGCCAAGCAGUGCAAUACUAGAUGGAAUUUCAAGAAGAUUUGAUUCUCCUUGGUCCAUUUCAUUCCAGUUUUCAAACGGAUAUUCUGGAAUAUUCGAUUUAAUGUAUAGAACAACAGAAAUAAUUAUUGAACCCCCACCAUUUGUUGAGUGUCAAAAAUAUGCAAAAUUGCAUCCAACAUUUAUGGGUAAAUAUAUGAUAGUUGGAUAUUCUUGGUCGAAAUAUAUAUCCAUCUACAAAAAACAUUUGAAAAAAUUCGAACUUUGUGAUAUCCCUAUUUCUUUUUGUUCUUCGCCAAUAUAUGAUGGUUUAUACUUCACAUCAUGUCUUGGUGAUAUAUACCAUGUAUUUUAG